CCAGCCAUCGCACAGCCAGUUGAUACAACCAAAUUCAAGAUGACAACCCAGCCAAUGGAUUCCAUGGGACAGUGGAAGAUCACUGUCUGGGAAGAGCAAAACUUCCAGGGAAAACAUUGUGAGUUCAUGCUGGAAUGUCCCAACAUCAUGGAGCGGGGAUUCAACAAGAUCCGAUCCAUUAAGGUAGAAUGUGGACCCUGGGCAGGUUAUGAACACCCAGAAUUCCAGGGACAGCAGUUCAUUCUGGAGAAGGGAGACUAUCCUCGCUGGGAUGCUUGGAGCGGGAAUAGCGGCUACAGGACUGAGCAUCUUCUCUCAUUUCGCCCCAUUAAAUGUGCUAGCCACAGUGACAGUAAGAUCUCCCUGUACGAAAACGAGAACUUCCAGGGCCGCAAGUUUGAACUUUCUGAUGACUACCCAUCCCUGCAGGCCAUGGGUUGGUGCAACAAAGAGGUUGCCUCCCUCAAGGUCCACUCUGGAGCUUGGGUUGGAUACCAGUACCCAGGAUACAGAGGCUACCAGUACAUCUUUGAGAGGGACAGCCACAAUGGAGAAUACAAGAACUACACGGAGUACAGUACCCAGGCACACACCAACCAGCUGCAGUCCAUUCGCAGGGUCCAGCACUAGAUGGUGAAGCAAAUUACAACGAGGGGCGGGGAGAGGCGAACGGCACCAACCUGCCUGUAAAAGAAGGAAACAAACUAAAAAAACAA